GUUGCAGCCAAGUCUAUGGUCAAGACGUAGACAUAACCGACGAUUUAAUCACUCCGGACAUUGCAAACUCCAGCCAGGUACCUAUUACCAACGGUGCCACCGAAGAGCUAGACGACGAUGAAAACUCUACACAAACUAUCAAUACAGAAAAUAAUGAUGAUGGUGAAGGAACAAACUUUAUUGUGGGGGGCCAGAGAGCGGGCAGGAGAUUGCAUCCUUGGAUGGUGUCAGUUCAGGCGGCGACAGCCAGUACAUUUUGCAGAAGACAGAUGUAACCGUCAUCAGCAACAGACUGUGCCGUAACUUCUGGCGAGUGGCACGACUCUCCGUCUCCAAGAGACAAGUGUGCACCCUUGACUGGCCUUACAAACUCAGCUCUGCCUGCUAUGGUGACGCCGGCAGUCCUCUUGUGUGUAACGGCAAGUUGGUAGGUGUCAUAUCCUGGGGCCUUUCCGUCUGCAACGGCUGCUUCCCGGAUGUCUCCUCAAGGAUCACAGCUUACAGGGCCUGGAUCCGAAAGAUUGAGCAUGAUUAUUAAGCUAGCUGUAGUCUUACGUACCAACUCGCUGCUCCAGACGACGUUCCUCACGAUAAUUAUUAUAUUGUUUGAGGAGAAUUUGAAUGAAUACAUCGACAUGGCCAAAAGCAAGAGGAUAUGAAAAGAUAAUCUGUACCACAAAAAGUAUUUUCGUUUUUGUUUUUCUUUUGUUUUUGUUUUGUUUUUGUUGUUUUUUUGGUGGGUGUGUGGGUGUGGAGGGGGGGGGUUAGGGGCAAAGUGUUUAUGAUGACAUUGAUGAUGACGGAUCUUAUAAAGAUAAAAUGGGAGAGUUGGACUGGAAAAGAGAAGAGUUUUGAAAUAGAAGUAGAAACAGCGGAGCAAAUAGUCAUAGAGCGCCAGCCAAACAUGUGCCAAUAAAUCAUUAACUUUUCUGUCACAAUAUAUUAAAGGUUAAGUAAAUUAGAAACAAUAAAACGUGAAUUUCUUGAUAACAUACUGCUAAAUACACAUACCUCUGCAAGGUAAAUCUUUUUCACUAUCAUUUUGAUCCUCAGAUGCUGAGUCAGUAAAAUUAUUUGUUCCUUUUUUGUUCACCACAUAUUGUGUUGGAAGGAAAGUAUUUACUUUGACUUUCAAAAUUAUGAGUAUCCUUUGGUAUGAGAAAUCUAAAUCGCGAAUCAGUUGGGUUUUAAAAAAUAUGAAUAUGUCUAAUAUUCAGGUACAAUUAUAUGUCUUCUAUCAAGAAUAUAAAGAUGUGCAAGGCAAAUAAAAAAAAGUGUGCAUGUUGACAAAUGGUACUAUAACUGAUCGUUGUUGGUUUUAUUGCAAUGUCUAAAGUAAAUAAGAAAAUAAAUGAGCUCAAGAAGCACAA